AUGGCUUCAGCAGCAAUCCCGCUGUUUCUCUGCUUUCUAACAACUUUCGUGCAUUGUGUAGCUGCACAACAGACUAAUAACGGUUCUGUAUCUGUUGGUGCAUCACUCACAGCUGCGCCCGACGCAAAACCAUGGCUUUCACGUUCUGGCGAAUUUGCCUUUGGGUUCCAACAACAACCUCAAGGAAACGAUAGCUUCUUGCUAUCGAUAUGGUAUGACAAGAUACCAGACAGGACUAUCGUUUGGUAUCCAAAAGACGGUCCUAUGGUGCCCAGGGGAUCGAAAGCUGAGCUAAUCAACCGCCGUGGGCUCGUACUCAGUGAUCCUCAAGGGAUAGAGGUAUGGACUUCUGCGUCCAGUUCUAAUGAUAUUGCAUACGGUUUGAUGAACGAUACUGGUAACUUUCAGCUCGUUGGUAGUAAUUCUAGCCCGAUAUGGGAGAGUUUUGAUCAUCCGGCAGAUACAAUGUUGCCAACUCAAAUUAUGGGGAUAGAUGGGGAGAUCAAUUCGAAAAUGAGCCAAACAAACUUCUCUGGUGGAAGAUUCCAGCUACGUCUGAUUCGAGAUGGGAAUCUUGUUCUUAAUACCAUUGACAUGUUUACUGGUUCUGCUGGUGACGCUUACUAUGCCAGUGGUACUAAUGAUGCAUCAAACUCGACGAAUUCUGGCUACCAACUUAUCUUCGAUGUAACGGGAUACUUGUAUAUAUUGAGAGGAAAUGGCCAAAGAUUUGAUCUUACGACAAGAGGCUCGCUUCCAUCUGGAGAUUAUUAUCAUAGAGCUACUCUAGAUUCCGAUGGGAUUUUUACUCAAUACUACUACCCUAAGAAUCCAAGCAGUCCGAAUACAAGUUGGGAAGACAUAAAGAUUGUGCCACCAAAUUUUGACAAUAUAUGUGAUUCUGGCAAAGCUUGUGGGCUAAACAAUAUUUGCAGCCUUGAGGAUAAUCGGCCAAAAUGUGAAUGUCCACAAGGGUUUUCAUUGUAUGAUAUCAAUUCUCCGAAUGGUGACUGUGCGCCUGAUUUCUCUCCAAGCUGUGACCAAGGUUAUUAUGGGGAAGAGCAAUUUGAAUUAAUCGAGCUCGGCAAUGUUAAUUGGCCAGGAUCAGACUAUGUACACUUGAACCCGAUUAAUGAACAAGACUGCAAAACUUCAUGCUUGAAAGAUUGUUUCUGUGCUGUUGCACUUCAUAGGGACAUCAACUGCUGGAAGAAGAAGCUUCCACUAUCCGCUGGAAGGAAGGUUCCUUCAGAUGCUAUUAAAACCUUUUUCAAAGUUAGAAAAACUAGUGAUCGUCCCUCUGGAAACUCUCCUACUCCUGUGUUGUCAAGAGAAAGUAAAAAUCGGGCCAGUUUAAUUUUGGUUGGAGCAGCCCUGUGUGUUGUAAUUAUAGUAUUGAUUGUUGUGAUCUGUGUUGGCUUCUUUAGGGUCUACAACCAGAAAGCUAGAAAUCAACCAUACCAAAGUAUCAGUGAUGAAGCUAUUGAAACUACUCUGCCUCGUUUUAAGUAUCAAGAGCUUGUUAAUGCUACUGAUGGCUUUAAUGAUGAGCUGGGACAGGGAGCCUUCGGGGUAGUCUAUAAAGGUCUAAUAGGAACAAAGCCCGUGGCGGUGAAGAAGUUGCAUCCUGUGGUACAGAAUAAUGCCCAAAAGGAAUUCAAAACCGAGGUCAACACUAUUGCAAGGACUCAUCACAAAAAUCUGGUACAGCUACUUGGCUAUUGUGAUGAUGGCGAGCAACGGCUGUUGAUUUAUGAGUACAUGAGUAAUGGCACUUUGGCAUUCUAUCUGUUUGGAGACAGGCCACCUAGUUGGAACCAAAGGAGUAACAUUGCUGUAGGCAUCGCAAGGGGACUCUCGUACCUCCAUGAAGAGUGUAGCGCCCAGAUCAUUCAUUGCGACAUAAAGCCUCAGAAUAUACUUCUUGAUGACUGCUAUAAUGCUAAGAUUGCCGACUUUGGAUUGGCAAAACUUUUGAAGAUCAACCAAAGUCGAACCCAUACUGGAAUAAGAGGAACUAAAGGAUAUGUUGCUCCUGAAUGGUUUAGGAACACCCCAGUCUCAGUAAAGGUUGAUGUAUAUAGCUUUGGUGUCUUGCUACUAGAGAUUAUUUCAUGCCGAAGAAGUGUUAUUUUUGAGAGUGAUAACGAAUUUGAAAUUUUAACCGAUUUGGCAUGGGACUUCUAUCAUGAAGGCAGACUGGAUGCAUUUGUUAAGAACGAUAUGGAGGCCACAAAUGACUACAAGAAGCUGGGGACAUUUGUGAUGGUCGGUCUUUGGUGCAUCCAAGAAAACCCGUCUCUGAGGCCCACCAUGAAGAAGGUGGUUCAAAUGCUUGAAGGAGAAUGUGGAGUGACAGAACCUCCAUGUCCAAGCCCUUUAUUUGUUACUUCUUGCUAAUUAAUCAUGAAAUGUUAUUGGUAACUUGUUGUAGAACUGUUUCUAAA